AUGGGAUCGUGCCAAAGUCAAGAAAAUCAGGAGCUGGCCGCUCGUAACAAAGCUAUUGAAAAACAGAUCAAUCAGGAUAAACGAGCUGGAUCAAGCAUAGUCAAGUUACUUCUACUUGGUGCUGGAGAAUGUGGUAAAUCGACAGUACUCAAGCAAAUGCAAAUUCUACAUAGCAAUGGAUUUACGGAAGAAGAAAUUAAUGAAAAGAAAUCAAUUGUGUACAAUAAUGUGGUUACAUCAAUGUGCACAAUUCUCAAGGUACAGUAG